CUCCACCGGUGACACGCUCGCUGCCUUGUCUGACACCCUCAUUUCUUUUGACACAGACUCAUCCAGCUUUAAGGAUGACAAGACAGCAGUGGCGAAGGAGAAAGGAGGAAACUCAGAGGACAGCGUUGAACAGAAGCCAGCUCCAGAUCCAACGCUCAGCAAUAGUGAACCAAUAACAGACAAUCUCCUGGGCUUCGGCGAUAGCCCGAAAGAAUCAGCAGAGCCUGUUCCUCCCAGCCCGGGACGCUGGAGUCAGGAUCUGCUCCGUGAAUUAAGCAGCUCCAGCGAGCCGACGGAGGAGGAGGAAGAGACGGAUGAGACAGCUCAGGAAACACAAAGAUCCAGCACUCGGCGGCACUGGACGUAUACAUGGGAGAUAUCCCAGCAGACCACCAUAGAAGAGAGCCAAGAAGACACUGCUGCAGAAGAAACACAAGAGCCAGAUGAAGAUCAGCAGACGGUUAUCAUGUUUGAAAGAAAAUCCACUGAAAAUGACUCCCCGUGGGACAGAUGGACAACACCCACCAUCUAUACAAUCGGUACGCCAGGAGAGGAGGAGGAAGAGGARGAGGAGGAAGAGGAGGAGGAAAGCCUGAAGGACACACARAGAGUCACUUACACCACUGUCAGGGAGGUCUUGCGAGAGUCAGAGCCCGCUAUGGAUCAAUAUGCGACCAGGGCUGUGGUGGAAGUGGAGCAGCGUGASAAAACACCUGAACCUGAAACUAAAAAGGGGUUUGUUUAUGUGAAAGAGUACGUCAAUACGACGGAGUUGUCGUUGCAUAAUGCCAGAGAUACGCUUGAUGGGCAAGAUGCUUUUACUGCAAGCUCCAUCAAUUACUCUUACAGCAGCCCCUCCAGUUACAGCAGAGUCCCGCUGUCAUCCACCUGUACGUACUGYGGAGAGCAGGUGGGCAAUGAUGCCAAGAUCACCAUCGAGCACCUCAAUAUUAACUGCCACCCCACCUGCUUCAAGUGUGAUAUGUGUCGUAAACCAAUGGGGGACCUCCUGGAYAGCAUGUUCAUUCACCACGGGAAGGUCCACUGUGAGAGUUGCUACUCCAUCUAGUAACGAUCACAACUCUUCAGCAGCUUCUCCCAUCAUCACUGACUUUUCUUUAUGCUUGUUUGCAUAUAAACUGAACUAGUUUAACACGCAAGUUUGAUUUUUUUUUUCCUUCCCCUUUUUGACUAUUAAACAAUUUGAAGUGAUCAACUGAACUUUUUGAUUCAUACAUUAGGUCACAUUUUUAAUGUUAUUAUUAUUUUGUGUGUUCGUGUGGUGUUUUUUCUGUUGUCAUGAAGGAUUUGUCUUUAAAACAUAUGCUGACUCACUGAAAAGUGGGGUAACUUGGUAGCAAAAAGUUACUUUGUUACAAAAUUCAUUUAUUCUUCUUGUUACAAAAUAGUGUGUUUUCAUGUAAAAUGCUUUGUUACCAAAAUAAAACAAACAGUACAAAAGUG